AUGUUUCGAACACAAUUGCUUCGUCAUGCUGCUCGGGCUGUGAGAGCUUCCUCCAGUCCCGUUAAAGCUCGCGCAGUCCCAACCCCUCUGCUCUCCCAGACAACCCGUAGAUCAUUCAUGAUGACUGCCCAAAAAGACCAAAAGGGCAAGAAGACCAAUGAAGAGCCAGAACUAGAACAUGAGGGCUCCUUCGCCCGUACCGAUUCAUCCGUGCAAGUUGAAUACCCAGCAGAAGGCGAACUGCCCUCCAGCACUCCCGUUCAGGGCAGAGGCGGAGCACAUCUGAAGCGUACGCUGGCGACUUACUCCCUUGAGGGGAGAGUUGGCGUAGUCACAGGUGGCGCUAGAGGAUUGGGUCUGGUGAUGAGCCAGGCAAUGGUCAUCAGCGGUGCCGAUGUUGCAAUUGUGGAUUUAAACAAGGAGGAAGCAGAGAAGCAAGCCGUGGAGCUUAUGGCUUCUUUCAGAAAGGAGAACCCCGAAGCAACUAACGUUCCAUUGGUCACCGCACACUAUGCGGACGUGUCCUCGCCAGAAUCCGUGGAGGCAGUGAUCGCAGAUAUCAUCAAGCAACACGGGAAGAUUGACAACCUCGUCACUUCGGCAGGAUUCACUGAGAACUUUGAGGCCAUCAACUACCCCAUCGACCGAGUCCGGAAGCUAUGGGGCGUCAACGUCGACGGCACCUAUCUAUUUGCCAUCGCCGUGGCUAAGCACUUGAUGGCGCGAAAGGAACCAGGCAGCAUGGUCUUCGUUGGCAGCAUGUCCGGUUCCAUCGUCAAUGUGCCCCAGCCUCAAGCACCGUACAAUGCUGCCAAGGCAGCCGUGAGACAUUUGGCGGCCAGUUUGGCGGUCGAGUGGGCCCAUGCUGGUAUCAGAGUUAACUGUAUUUCCCCGGGAUAUAUGCUCACAGCACUUACCAAGAAGAUUCUUGAUGACAACCCGGAGCUUAAGAAUCAAUGGACAUCUCUUAUUCCCCAGGGCAAAAUGGGUAACCCGGAGGAUCUGAUGGGACCGGUUACAUUCCUGUUAUCGGAUGCUUCAUCCUAUGUCACUGGAGCUGAUCUACGUGUGGACGGCGGCUACACCGUCACGUAA